ACAUGGCGGUCGAAAGGAAGAAACGGAAAAAAUAUUCCUUCGAAAACCAGGAAAUUUCCCGACUUUAUAUCCACAUACAACGCUUUAAAAUGUUAUAGAUAAGUUGCCAGAGCAAUAGAGUUGCUUUGAAAAUUGCCAUAACGAUGGGUUCCCAAACGCUGGAGAUUUUACGCCAGGGUGUUUGGGCAUCGCUGACAGGAGGAUGGUUUUUCGAUCCUCAUCAGGAGAUUUUCACCAAUACGUUCCACUUUUAUUUAUGGAUUAUUUUACUCUGUCUUCCCUUUUCUUUAUACCUGGGAGCACCUCCUUCGAAUUUAGUUUGGGCUUUGUAUGCUGCCUUCGUUGGGAUUCUUUUCGCUGUUAUUAAAUUCUUAAACUAUCGUCUUCACCUUAUGUUUGACGGGGAGGAGUUUCACUCUGAGGAUGACCAGCGUGAAGACUCGAAUUCUACGCGAGGAAUUAGCAGGGCAGAAAGCGUCAGAGACAGUGUCAGACAGGCUUCAGUGACUGUCCGCCGGGAGGAUAGUGGAUUAAGUCAUGUCCAGGGGGGUGAAGUGAUCGAGAUGGAGGUGAUUAAUCAAUCUGCAUCUGCUGAUUGUAAUGGAAGCCAUGAACCAGAGCCUAACAUAUCUCAACAUGCCUUGUCAACUUCAUUAGCCUCUUCUCUACUUAACCAAUUACAGCCUUUGGAGAAUAAUACUGAACAGGAUAGUGGUGAUCAAUCUAACAAAAUAACAGAAGAUGUUGAAGAAAAAAGAAAACCUGUUCGUGUCAAAGAGAUCAGUUUUGCAUUGGAGGCACCAACAAGUGAUGACUCUGACGACAGCAGCAGUCAAAGCCCAAGUGGUAAAAUGAAAUCCCAAGCAACAAACACCACAAAAGAAAAGGACACACCUAUAAAGGAUGAUCGCAGCCAGUUUGAGAGCAUGACAAGUUUUAAGAGUGAACAAUCACAGGAACCUGGACAAACUUGCUCAGAUCAGAUACUUAACUCUGAAAGUAAAGGAGAAUUGUCAGGUACACUCAGUAGCCUGUCAUCCUAUCCUAUUCCAACAAUGGAGAAUACAAUCUUCGAGGCAAGAUCUGCACCUGGUUUGGCUGUGACUGACAUUUGGGAGCCUAAUGUUUCUUCGCCCAAGAGUGAGGGUUCUGCCAUCAGUAUAUCAAGUAAUCCUUGUACAACUCUAGAAGCAGUAGCGGCUGCCCUUGAAAACUUUGAUCAUACAAGAAAACCAAAAAUAUCAGAAUCUAGUCCAGAAUUCAAAGAUGAGGUUGUACAAACAUCAACGUCUGGGAUGGAUUCAUUUUCUAAAGAAAAUGCAGAUCAAGAAGCUGGCUCAGCAUCAAGACGAGAAUUACAUAGAGAAUCGGGCCAACAUCGACCAAGAUCAAUUUCUGACAUCAUGAGGGAGAGUAAGCAAGAAAAUAAGGAGACAAGUGGAUCUGGUGUAGAAUCAGGUAGAGAUAGUCCAGCUCCACUUGACGUAUCGUCAUUGCAUGACAGUUGUAAGCUGCACAAUCCUUCAAUGAGCUCCCAGCCAGAAUCACUGGAUAGCACAAGUGUCUGUAUAGCAGUGAAUAACAAAGACACAGCAUCAACAGCAACACAGACAGGAAGUCUAUGUGAAGCAGAAGGCUCAGGGCGUGAGGGUUCAGAUCUGGUUCUUGCAAGGCGUUCAUCUCAGUUGGCCAGGAGAAGACGACGCCUUCAAAGGCAUUCUGUAAGACGUAGAAGGAGAACCGAUUCUGGACCAGGCACUGGUCCAUUUGCUGAAGUGCUGUUGCAAGCAAUGGAUACUGCACCCCAGUCUGCUCAUGUCGCUGCUUCUUAUAACGACACUACUCCAGGUGCAUUGCAUUGUUAUCAGGAUGAGUUUGGCCAAUGGCAAACCUACAUAUUUGAGGGGGAUGGCCCAGCAUCUACGUCCCUUGUACCUGUAUCACGCUCAUCCAGUCGCAGAGAGCGGGGCUCCAACUGGGAAACAAGCAGUUCCUCUUCUACAUUUGUAAUGGAACAUUCAAUGGAAGUCUAUGAUGACUUGCACCACGUAGACCUUCAGAGAGAAAUAUCCCAACGACGUUGGCAUGACACUUUGUCAUCUUCAAGCAUUCCCAUUGCCAGACCCUCUUCUGUUACACCGGUGGAGAAGUCUUCUGUACCGCAUUACUUCAAGUUUCAAAUUAUACCAAAUAAGUUUAUAAAGAUUAAGUUUGACAGGUUGUCACUGCUUGCACUUAUGGACAGGAACAAGUCCAAAUUUGAAGCAUUAGCAUCAGUGAUCUUAGCAGUGUUAGUAGCAGUUCUUGGUUACUGGUUACUUGUCAAAGACUUCUUCAAAGAUUUCCGGAUCUUUCUAUUUUGUUUUAUUAUUGCCAGCUGUCAGUUUUCUCUUCUGAAGAGUGUUCAACCAGAUGCUGCUUCACCUACUCAUGGUCACAAUCACAUCGUAGUGUUUAGUCGUCCUGUGUAUUUUGUAUGUUUGGCCACCAUAGUCCUUAUCCUGGAUACAGUGAUGCAAACCCCAGUGUACUGUCUAACAUUGUAUAGUCUACCUUUGUGCACCAACUCCAUCUUGAUCUACACAAGAGACUUUCUCAUUGCUUUUAUUCUUGGAUUCCCUUUGCUGUUCCUGAUUGGUCUGCUGCCACAAGUUAAUACCUUUGCUAUGUACCUGCUGGAACAGAUUGACAUGCAUGUAUUUGGAGGAAAUGCUAUGACAAGCCUUAGAGGGUCUGUGGUCAGUGUUCUACGAAGUAUUUUUGCUACAGCUGUCUUGUAUGGCUUCUGUUAUGGAGCCAUGUCGAACGAAACUUUGGGAUCACAGCACAUCUUGUUCUCUAUAUUCAGCGGACUUCUUGUAGCUAUAUCAUAUCAUCUCAGUCGGACUGCAACAGAUCCCACAGUAUUAGUCUCUUUGUUGCGCUCAUCAUGUCUGGAGAAUAAUUCCUUCACUCCAGAAGUUGACUUCGUGGAUCCUUUACCUGAAAAACUGAAACGAACAGUGACCAAAAGGCUUCAGAAUGAUCUUGUGUGCAGUAUAUUCAUAUUGAUAUUUGUGUUUGCCAUUCAUGUCAGCACUGUCUUUACUACUCUUCAGCCGUAUGUUGGGUAUGCUAUGUAUGGUCUCGCAGGAGCAGUAGGCAUUAUCAACCAUUACAUAUGGCCUCAACUACGCAAACCAUUACCAUGGCUGUGCUUUGCUGUGCCCUUCUUUAAGAGCAGAGAAUUCAACCAAUUUGAAGUCCGAGAUGCGGCGAAGAUAAUGCGGUUUGAAAAGGCGCAGGUUUGGUUGAACUUCAUCGAGAGAAACGUUGUCUAUCCUGCCGUCUUCUUGAGCGCUUUGACUGAAAAUUCCAAAGCUUUGGUCGAUAAAUUUGGAAUUUUGGUUGGUCCUAUUAUCAUCUGCGUCAUUGGUCUCAAGCUUCUUCGUAGCGCAUUCUCCGACUCAUCUCGCCAACACAUGAUUCUCAUCUUUACUUUACUCUUCUUCAAGUUCGAUUUCGGCCGCAGUUCUGAGACCUUGUUAGUGGAUUACUUCUUCAUGUCGAUAUUCAUGUGUAAGUUCUACGAGUUGAUUCUCAAGGUCCGUUUUAUUGUGACGUACAUAGCUCCAUGGCAGAUCACGUGGGGCUCAGCAUUCCACGCCUUUGCGCAACCCUUCAGUGUUCCUCACUCGGCAAUGUUAUUUUUUCAAGCAAUCGUCUCAUCCAUCUUCUCAGCACCUCUAAAUCCUGUAUUAGGUAGUGCUAUAUUUAUCACGUCGUAUGUUCGUCCGGUCAAGUUCUGGGAGAAAGAUUACAAUACCAACCGUGUAGACCACUCCAACACAAGACUCUCAUCACAGCUGGACAGGAACCCAGGAUCCGACGACAACAACCUGAACUCGAUCUUCUACGAGCACCUGACACGUUCUCUACAGCACAGCCUGUGUGGGGACCUGAUGCUGGGUCGCUGGGGUCCCGUCUCGACUGGAGACUGUUUCGUGUUGGCAUCAGACUACCUUAACGCUCUUGUCCACAUCAUUGAAGUUGGUAACGGAUUGGUCACGUUUCAGCUCCGAGGACUCGAGUUCAGGGGUACGUACUGUCAGCAGCGCGAAGUCGAGGCUAUUACUGAAGGUGUAGAAGAUGAUAAUGGGUGCUGUUGCUGCGAACCCGGUCAUCUGCCCAACAUGUUGUCCCUAAACGCUGCAUUUGGUCAGCGGUGGUUAGCAUGGGAAGUGACGUCAACCAAGUACAUCAUCGAGGGUUACAGCAUCAGUGAUAACAGUGCUGCUUCGAUGCUACAAGUAUUUGAUUUGAGAAAAAUAUUGGUCACAUAUUAUGUCAAGUCUGUCAUUUUUUACGCAAUGCGAUCAAACAAGCUCGAUCAGUGGCUUGCUAAUGAUUCUUUGAUCGAAGCGAUAUCAACGAUGCACGACCCUUCGCACGUUGAUCUGGACUCGUGUUUCUAUAGCAACAUCGAUGAAGACUAUGAUCUGAGGCAGGGGGGGAUAUCGAGAAGUAGUUUCUUGAUGUGUUAUCUGGAGUGGAUACAGUACUGUGGGUCCAGGAGACAACAGCCAUUGGAAGCAGACAGGGAUUCAACGGUGGUCACCCUGUGCUUCGCGCUUUGUCUGUUGGCACGACGGGCACUGGGCACAGCAUCCCAUCAGCAAUCAGCCAGUCUAGAGUCAUUUCUGUAUGGUUUACACGCAUUAUUCAAAGGAGAUUUCCGAAUCACGUCUCAGAAGGACGAGUGGGUCUUUGCUGAUGUUGAUUUCCUCAGAAAAGUCGUGGCACCAGGAGUGCGCAUGUCACUAAAACUGCAUCAAGAUCAUUUCUCAUCUAUGGAUGAUUAUGAUGAUCACGCAGAUAUGUAUGAAGCCAUUAUGAACCAUGAACAAAACAUGGUGAUAUCCCACGAGGGGGACCCUGCAUGGAGACAGGCUGUUCUGGCCAAUACCCCCUCUCUACUAGCUCUAAGACACGUGUUCGAUGAUGGAGCUGAUGAAUACAAAAUUAUUAUGCUGAACAAACGAUAUCUAAGCUUUAGAGUAAUCAAGGUUAAUCGCGAAUGUGUGCGAGGUCUAUGGGCAGGUCAACUGCAAGAACUCAUUUUCUUACGUAAUCGUAAUCCAGAGCGAGGCUCUAUCCAGAAUGCAAAGCAAGCCUUGCGUAACAUCAUCAAUUCAUCAUGUGAUCAACCAAUUGGAUACCCCAUAUAUGUUUCACCGCUGACAACUUCGUAUGUAGACUCGAACGCUCAACUGUCAAGCGUGAUUGGUGGACCAAUGAGCUUCAAUGGUAUAACAAGGUUCGCGGGUAGAUUAAUAAAUCGUUUCCGCACCCGUUGUGGUGCAUCUUGCCACAGUGGUGGUGAACCCUCAGAAGACGUCCCCGAAGUUUCGACAACAUCUGUGGUCUACACAGAACGCUUUAGUAGUUUUCGGGAAGGAUCUCGUUCGAGUGCUUUAAGGACCAGCAGUGGGAGGCUCCCUCGGACAAACUUCAACUCACUCCCUGUAGGAUUUCGAUCCAGCACACGCUCAGGGGCAUCACAAAUGUCCGUCUCUAAGAGACCUAGCGCUGCAGUUAAUGUAACUCAGCCUACGUCCCAACCUCAGUCGCAAAGCUCUACAAACGUUCCUACUGAGGGACUUAAUCAAAUGGUACGAAUAAUAGACCUUGGGCAAGUGUACGACACUAUUAAUCUUGGAAGACGAAUUGACGUGCAGUGGCCUUCAGAAUACAUGAGGGAAAGGGGAGGGAAAAACUACUGGAAAGACUGGCGUCCUACRGAAGGAAUGGAAGGAGUGGUCAUCCAUAGAUGGCAGCCCAGUCAUYGGGAUAUCAUGCAACGAAGUCAUGUUGAUAGGACUAUUUUGUUGGUGAAAAUUGACGACAAAUUUGUUCCGAUUGCUGACGCUGGAGUAACUGAAAUUGGUUAUGAAGUUUAAAACAGAUAAAUAACCACUUCUUAUUUCUCUGUGCUGUGUAYGUCAAGCAUUUAAAAUGGAGCCGCAAUUCUUCACUCAUGUUAUUUUUGUUUAAUAGCUAUAAAUAAAUUGUUCUAGAAUCAAAAAUUCCAAAAUCAUUAUUAACUGAAAAAGAAUACAUUGCAGCAAUUCCUAAUAUUUUCUACUUAGAAACCAGAAAUGUCGAAAGCAUGGACAUGUUGUAUGAUAUUGGCAUCCAGGAAUAGAAUGUGGAUUGAUAAAUAUUGAAAACCUGUCAUUUUUUCUGUAAGCAAUUGACUUUUUGCUUGAGUGACUCUGAAGCAAUGGCUUCAAGUUGAGAUUAUACUUGAUAAAAUAAUACAGUAAAUGUAUGAACACAUCAAAUCCAACCUUGACUUGUAGCCAUAGUUUUGAUACUCAAUAACAUAAUUUUUUAUGAUUUUUAAAAGGACUGUUUUGGAUUUUUGUUAACACUGGUCUUCUUUCACUUACAUUCUCACUUUUAAUGACAAGCUACAACAUGCUUACUGCAAUUUUCAAAAACGAGCGAACUCUGUGUCUGCUGGCUGCACGCUGAAUUUUUUUUUUUGCUGCUGUCAAUCAAACCUAAUCAGUUGGUACCUUUCAUAUUUUUUACUGGUGGUAGCGAAAAACAGAUUUCAGUGCGUAACUCGGGGACAUUUAUGAAACAAGUGAAUAAUUGAAUUUCAUUCAAAACUUAUUGAAACAAAUAUCUUUUUGCCAGUUUUUUCCAGCCGGUUUGGAAUCAUUCRUUGCAGAUAGCUGGGCAAGGAUUCACUAGUUGAUAUUUUAAUGACGAAAUAAUUCAUUGUAUUGUAGAAAUCGACACUUGUACAGGGUGGAUAUCACCAAAUAUUGCAUGCCUAGCACCAAAUAAUACAUGUAUAAAAAUGUUGAAUGUAAAAAAAAAACAAUUAAAUAUGUUAUAACAAG